GCUGAGCUCUUGGGAGGUUGCGCCCAUUUCCAAAGCGUUGGGGCACCUCUUGCGUCACUUGGAAGAAAAGUGCGCUGCAAACAUCACCAAUGGCUCCCAAAUACGCACCUAGUCUACGCUCCCGUCUGGCACCUUUGUUGCUUUCUCUGCAGACAGCCUUUAUCAUCAUAUAUGCUCUUUUCAGUGAGAUAAAAAAUGAGGAAAAUAAGGAUGAGAACACCUUUGGUAGCAUAUACCCAGAGUUCCAGGAUGUGAAUGUGGUGUUGAUUCUAGGUUUCGGCUUUUUAAGCACUUUCCUGGUGCGGUAUGGUUUCAGUGGCUUGGGGUUCAACUUCCUUGUGGCCGUUGUGGCCACCCAGUGGGCCAUCAUACUGACCAGCUUAGAGUCCCUGUAUGACACGGGAAAGAUCAUCAUAAAUUUGAAAAGCUUGGUAGUUGCUGAGAUGUGUGCAGCCUCUGCCCUUAUCUCAACUGGAACCAUGCUGGGGAAGAUGAACUCAGUCCAACUCGUUGUUGUUGCCCUGCUGGAGGUGUCAGGGUUUGUCUUAAACACAUGGGCCCUCAAGAUUCUACUGCAAGUCCAGUCUCCGGACAGCAUCAUGCUGCUUCAUGUCUUCGGGCCCUUUUUUGCACUCAUGCUAACCUGGAUGCUCUACCGGAAAGGCUCAGAGCAGAGAUUUGAAAAAGAAAAGCUCGGGAAAAAAUCUGGAUUGUUCUCCAUGUUAGGAGCCGUGUUUCUCUGGAUGUUUUGGCCCAGCUUUAACUCUGUGCUUCUGGAUGCUGGAGGCCCGUGGAGGAAGUUGGAGGCGAUGUGCAGCACCUACCUGGCCCUGGCUGUCAGCACUGUGACAGCAGCUGCUGUGUCCGUCCUCUCCCAUCCCAAGGGAAAACUCGACCUGAUCCACAUGCAGUCAUGCAUCCUUGCCGGUGGUGUUGCUGUGGGAGUUUCCGUGUCAGUAGUUCGUGAGCCAUGGGUAGCCAUGACAAUCGGAUUUGCUGCUGCCAUUGUAGCAACCAUUGGUUUCCAUUAUCUGAAGGUGCACAUGCUACUUGCAUUUCAGUGCCAUGACACCUGUGCUAUUCUGGGCACGCAUGGACUUCCUGGUCUGCUGGGAUGGCUUGCGCGUCUCCUCCUGCAGAUAAAAGACUCCGGUGAUCACGAGGCGGCUGUCCGGUUUGCCAUAGUUGACAUUUGUAGUCUCCUUUUUACCAUCAGUCUAAGUUUGUCCAUGGGAAUCAUAACAGGGUUCCUGCUGAAGUGGAACUUCUGUCGACCUCCUCAAAACAGGAAAUGCUUUGAUGAUCAAGCGUACUGGGAGUUUCCCCACCUUUUGGUGCGCAAGUAAGAAGAUGAAAACAGACCUGAUCCCGGAAGUGCGAAACAUUUUGCCGUUAGCUCACUGUACAUCAUUUCCUACAAUUUUUCUUCUUGUCAUGAACAGUAGAUAAUAGAUGCUUUGUGUGUGCAUGAGAGGGAUGCAAAUCACAGGCUGAACUGUGGAAAGAGGACCAUCAGACUUGUUUACUGUUAUGUGUGUUUAAUGCUGUCAGUGCUGAAUUGGGUGAUAAACAAGUAAAAUGAAUAAUUGUUGCAUUUAAGAUACAAA